AUAUCCUAUGCCCUCACAACUCAAAUCAAUACUAAUCCCCGUACCAAAAGUCCAAAACCAUGGCUAAUGAACAGGAUCUCUUAUCCACAGAGAUUGUAAACCGAGGGAUUGAGUCUUCUGGACCCAAUGCUGGCUCUCUAACAUUCUCAGUUAGGGUCCGAAGAAGGCUACCAGACUUUCUUCAAUCAGUUAACCUCAAGUAUGUGAAACUAGGGUACCAUUAUCUCAUAAACCAUGGCAUAUACUUGGCCACCAUACCUGUGCUUGUCCUUGUGUUUAGUGCAGAGGUGGGGAGUCUUAGCAGAGAAGAGCUAUGGAGGAAGCUGUGGGAAGAUGCACGCUAUGAUCUUGCCACUGUGCUUGGUUUCUUUGGUGUGUUUGUGUUCACACUUUCUGUCUACUUUAUGUCAAGGCCAAGAUCCAUUUACCUUGUCGAUUUUGCGUGCUAUCAGCCUCACGAUGAUCUUAAGGUGACCAAGGAGGAGUUCAUUGAGCUGGCACGAAAAUCAGGCAAGUUUGACGAGGCAAGCCUGCAAUUCCAGAAGAGAAUUCUACAGUCAUCUGGCAUAGGUGAUGAAACCUACGUCCCAAAAUCAGUGAUCAUGUCCACCGAAAACUGUGCAACCAUGAAAGAAGGUCGCGCUGAGGCCUCAACAGUGAUAUUUGGAGCCCUUGACGAGCUGUUUGAGAAAACCAAGGUGCGUCCAAAGGAUAUAGGAGUCCUAGUAGUGAACUGCAGCAUCUUCAACCCUACCCCAUCACUCUCUGCAAUGAUCAUAAACCACUAUAAAAUGAGGGGUAACAUACUGAGCUACAACCUUGGUGGCAUGGGGUGCAGUGCUGGGAUUAUAGCCGUGGACUUGGCUAGAGAUAUGCUUCAAUCAAACCCAAAUAGCUGUGCUGUUGUGGUGAGCACUGAGAGUGUAGGGUAUAAUUGGUACCCAGGGCGUGAUAGGUCCAUGCUCAUUCCCAAUUGUUUUUUCCGUAUGGGAUGCUCCGCGGUGCUCCUCUCCAACCGUGGCCGUGACUACCGUCGUGCCAAGUACCGCCUUGAACAUAUUGUUCGAACCCAUAAAGGAGCUGAUGACCGGAGUUUCAGUUGUGUUUACCAGGAGGAAGAUGAACAAAAAUUUAAGGGGCUAAAGGUGAGCAAAGACCUAAUGGAAAUUGGUGGUGAUGCUCUCAAAACCAACAUCACCACACUUGGACCUUUGGUGCUACCCUUAUCAGAGCAGCUCCUCUUCUUCGGCACAUUGGUUUGGAGGCACUUAUUUGGUGGUAAAACUGGACCUGGUUUACACCCUUCAUCAUCACCAUCAUCCAAGAAGCCAUACAUUCCUGACUAUAAGUUGGCAUUCGAGCACUUUUGCGUGCACGCGGCGAGUAAGACCGUGUUAGAUGAGCUACAAAGAAACCUUGAGCUGAGUGACAAGAACAUAGAACCUUCAAGGAUGACAUUGCACCGCUUUGGUAACACUUCAAGCAGCAGUAUAUGGUACGAGUUAGCUUAUUUGGAGGCUAAAGAGAGGGUGAGAAGAGGAGACAGGGUUUGGCAACUAGCAUUUGGGUCUGGCUUCAAGUGCAACAGUGUGGUUUGGAGGGCCAUGCGUCGUGUUAGGAAGCCUAAUAGGAAUCCCUGGCUCGAUUGCAUUGACAGAUACCCUGUGAAUCUCUCUCUGUAGGGUCAAUUAAUAAUUAAGGCUGGCAAUCAGCAAGGUAUUGCUACUAAUGCUUCAUUUGGAUUAUGUUAAUUCAGAAGUUUGAUGGAUUAAUUAGUACUUUACUCCUAUGGUUUGCUUCUUCUUCUUUUUUUCCUUUUCGAAAUGAUAUAUUGGCAAAUUGGCAUAUAUGCUUUUGCUAUGAACCUUACUUUGUUGAACUAUAGUAAUAGCUAUUUAUGGUGUCAAUUUAUUUU